GCGGGAUGAGCGGGACGAGCGCGCGCCCCCCCGCGGCCGCCGGCGCUGCGCCCCCCGCGCCAUGGAGGGAUUCCCCGCCCGCGGGUACGGCACCGGCGGCGCCGACCACCGCCCGCUCUUCGGGGAGACCUCGGCAAGGGACAGAAUCAUCAAUCUAGUUGUUGGUGGCUUAACAACCUUGCUGCUUGUAGUCACUCUAAUCAGUGCUUUUGUCUUCCCGCAACUACCUCCAAAACCUGUGAAUGUAUUUUUUGCUUUCUGCAUCUCCUUAUGUUGCAUUUCUGCUGGCAUUCUUGUAAGUACCGCCACAUUUGCCGUGCAAGCCUUUGAGUCUACAGUUCUGAAUAAAACAUUCUUUACGUGGUGCUGCCUUCUUUUUUACAUUCUCCUAGAAAAGCUUUCCUGCCUCCAUAAGACAAGCUGACAAUGAGAGUGGUAACCAGUUUCGUUAUUUACUGCGGUGCAAGCGUGUGGACUGAGCCAACUCUUGCAGCCCAGCUGUGGUACAAGACUUGUCACCUCUGUGACUGUGCCACUUGCAGCUGCCAGUGGAGAUAGAGUAGGAAACCAGGGAGCAGAGCAGUGAGAUGGGAAUGCAGAGAUGGACUGUGCUGCAGAACUCGCUUGAAAUGGUGGGGGCCAGCCAGGCACUUGCAGAAGUCAGUGACCUUUCAGGCACAGGGGUUACAGGGGCAGGAAGCUACAGCAAGUAGGAGAUGUUUCUCUACUCAACAGCUGCAGAAUUCCAAGAGAGUUGGUCCCAAGCAUUGGCAAAGGGACCUGGCAGGUCAGGGUUCAUAGAAUCACACAAUGGUUUGGGUUGGAAGGGACCUUCAAACACCACCUAGUCCAGCCCCCCUUCCAUAGGAAGGGACAUUCAUAGCUCCUCCUUUCUGCCGUAGCAUUUUAUAUUUGGGGCAUUCUCCUUCCUCCAGCUGUGACCUGGAGUGAUCUGGCCCUGAGCCCCAAUGCUGGGUGAGCUGGGAAGUUGCUCUGCAGUGCCUGGUCAGCCCCAGUUUCUUAUUCUACAGCUGGUAGCCACAACUCUGCCCAGAACAGACUGUGUUAGUGCAAACCUGAUAUUUGUCCUCAUCAACCAGGGUGUAGCCAGCUUUAUUCUUUUUUACAACAUCCCUGGCUAACACCCCACCCACCCUCCCUCUUCAACAAAGCUGACCAGACAACCCAUGUCUUCAUAACUAGUUUCACAGACAAACACACGCUCAUUCUCUCUAGCCAGAAGAAGCUGGGUUGUUUUACAGGAAAAAACAGAUCUACAAGUUGCCAGUUCAGUUACCAUGGAAAGUCUCCGCAGAAGUACCUGGCUUUUUGAAGUAAUACAAACUCUUUUCUCUUCUAGAUCUACUGGUAUCGACAAGGAGACCUGGAACCUAAAUUUAGAAAUCUAAUUUACUAUAUAUUGUUUUCUAUUGUCAUGUUAUGUAUAU